GUCCUCGCCGCGCAGCGUGGGAGUUAGUUCUGGUGAGGGCGCCAGGCAGCUCACUCACCGAAGUAACCCACCGUCCCAACCCUUCGAUCCUCCACAUCCCUCGACCUUCGACCAACAAAGCAACCAUCCACGGCCGCAACCUCCUCUCACCAUUCGAUUCCGUCGUCUCUUCCCGUCGGUCGAGAGCACCUACUUCCGCGCCGUGAAGAAAAGGGGCGAGUCGGCCACUCGUCGCACGGCACCCUCGCGAGGAUCUCCUCCAGUGCAAGCGCGUCAACGGCGGCGUUCGCGAGGGGGUGUGCAGCUACGAGAAGCGGUGCUGUCGCGCGACGUGCCGAGGUCGGGUAAGCGGAAAGAGUUACGCAUCGUGAGCGGAGACGGAGCGAGAGAAUAAGAGAGGGAAAGAGAGAAAGAGACAAAGAGCCAAGGAAAAGAAGAGAGAAAGAGAGAGAGAGAGAGAGAGAAGCAGAGAGAGAGAGAGAGAGGGAGAGAGAGGGAACGCUUCUCGUCGCUCAAUGGAACACCGGCGCGGCCGGUCGAGAUCGUCGGCGACGUCAGCACGGGAAGUCGGGCAACCGCGGGAAACAGCCUUUAACCUUUGAAAUACGCCGCGCGAUUAUAGUCGUAGACCAGACAUCAUCGUAAAAGACCGGUAUUAGAGGCCUACAGAAAGAAAAGGAGAGAGAAAGAGAGAGAGAGAGAGAAAGAGCGCGCGCGAGAGAGUGAAAAGUAACGGGGGUGAAAGGAGAGACGGAAGGGGGAGCGUAACUGCGCUAGAACGAGACAUUAGAACAACCUGGAAGAUUUGUCCCGGUGACUUUGCGGUGACUCCGAUCGUACCUUCAGUAUAUAAACGUCAGACACCACACGUACGCAUUCACGUACGCACGCACGUACAUUCAGCGCGAGUGAGCGGAUGUGACAAGAAAGAUAGAGAAAGAGAGAGAGAAAGCUAGAGAAAGAGCAAGCGCGCGCGCGCGCACGACAUCACACGCCCAUAUAUGAACGGCCAUACGGAAGCGGAGCGUGGCGACCGACGAAGAUGUCAGUGAAUGAAUCGCACCCUGCCGUGUGUAACCGGACGACGUCGUCAUACGUGGUAUGAUCGCACGGGGUGCUGCUGUCAGGGUGCUGCUGUCGAGGCGAGCAUAGGUGCCUCUUCGUGGCGCGCGACGAUCGAGUGGGAGACGAAGAAGAGAUAGCGUGAUGCACGACGAAUGUCGCCGGAACGGUAGCUUCAGCCAGAAACCGAGGUGUCCGCUGAGGAGAGCGGAGCAGUAAAAAAGAAAAAGAGAAAAAAGCGCGGUCGCGGGUGCAAAGAGGGCCGGACGCAUCGGAUAACAUCCCUUUCAUCCAAAGACGUAAGCGGAAAAGAGAGAGAACGAGAGGAUUGCGAGGUGUGACAUCAGACAUCAAACAAGGGGAACGUCAUACAUCGGGUGUCGCGGGACCGCGCGCGAGAAAACUAAACUGAAGAAAGACUGGAAAACGGUGAUAAAGAGAGAAGAGACAACAGGAGGAAGAGUGAAGAAGGAAGAAAAGAAAAGAGAAAGAGAGAAACGAAAAGAGAAAGGAAAAGGAGAAGAGAAGGAAAGAGAGAAAGAGAAAAGUAGAUAGAGGACGAGAAGGAAAAGGGAGAUUAAAUUGAGAAGCGGCAUCACGGAACGGCGCGACGCGACGCGGAGGGUCGAGGGAAGAAAAGAGGCCGAGGCGGGAGAUCGGAGGAAAAACGCAGGCACGGCAGGCGCGCGGCGGCGAGAUAUCAAGAAGCAAGUAUUAUCCACGUAAUGCCCCGCGUUAACACUGCACCUCCUAUCGAUGAACCGUAAUCUCUGUCUGUAACUAACUAUCCGGGCGUCUCUCGCGCCCGGGCAUCCUCACUAUACAUAUAUCUCGGUGUACCUUUUUUCUCUGCCUUUGUUCUACACACCCUGUGUACCUCUGUCGCAAUACACGCUCGUGUAACCGCCUACUCCCGCGUCUCGCACCGACAAACGCGCACCGCUCUCUGCCACGGCAAGCCUUUGCUUUUUGAACGUUUUUCGGGGCACCUGUUGAUAUGACCGACCUACAUACCACACUGCUAUCCACAUUAUGUCACCCUGUCAUCGUCGUACGGCCAGAUCAUUGGAUCCGUCACUCGGGCCCGGUACUCGUGGAUCGUCGCGUUCUGCGUGUCGGUUCCGCUCGUGCGAGUUACGUCGCAGCGGGCGUACGCGGCGCGUGUUGCACGCAGUUGAAUCGCUUUCGCGCGACGUCGCGGCUUUUAGAACGACCCGAAAGAAUCCCCGACACUUGAAUCAGUAUUGUGAAGCUAGCUACUUUGAAUCCUCGUUUCGUCUCUUAACGCAAUCGCGAUAAUUUGCGACGCGAAAUUGCAUGGCGAAGAGUCCGGAGUACAAUGAGAAUGGAUUGAGAAUAGGAUGGCGUUUUCAUUUGCGAGAGACUUUCCUUCAUGAUAGAUAGCGAGAUUUUAAUCAUAAAUCACCGUAAACACGAAAUCCUCUCGUAGUAUUUGAAAUAAAAUUCGGGAUCGCUUAGGAGGGUUCAAGUUAGAUUCAUAGACUUUUUAUAGCUGAACGAAAUUCUCCGGGCAAAUGCUCGAGUGAUUAGCGCAGGUUUGAGUGGGUAUCGACAUUUGAGUCCAUCACCGAGCCCGAAAUUAAUUCGAGCGAAACUUGGAUCAACGUACGUGAAUCGGAUCCUAGCGCUCGGUCUAGCGUAGAAGUAGAAAAUUUAGGGUUUCACAGAAACAUAAAGAGAGAGAGAGCCGGAGGGAAUCGCACCCGGCGGCCUCCUGCAAAUUUCGUUGCAUUGCGGCGCGGUGGGCUUGAAUAGAUACGCUCGGUAAAUGGCACGCUCCGCGAAAAUGACUUCACGUACGUCACGUACGGUACGGUAGCUUAUCUCGGCGACGUUUGCGCGCACGAUCGCGGCUCUCGGGGAAACUUGGGUAGGCGCGGUUAUUUACAAGCGGACGCAUCGGAUGAUCAUUACCGUAAUCGCGAUCGUCGCCGCCGGGGCAUCGUAGCUUGAUUUCCGCAUGUGGAAACGAACGAUAUCCGGGACGUUCGUUCGAUACGUGAGGCGGAAGGGAGGCUAGGGGGACGUAUGACAGAGAGGAAACGGAAAAGAGAGGGUGGGCCGAGUGAAAGAGCAGAAAGAGCGCGAGAGAGAGAGAGAGAGAGAGAGAGAGAGAGAGAGAGAGAAAGGAAGAAAGAAAGAGAGAGAGAAAGAGAUAGAUAGAGAUAGAGAGAAGGGCAAGAAAGGAAAGGUAAGCGGAUGAGGAAACAACGCCGAGGGAAAGGGUUGUCUCUCGGAGAGAUGGUAGCUUUAUUGGCGAAGCGCGAAACGAUCGCGGGCGUUUAACAUGAGUGGCACCAUCGAUUGGUUUAAAUGUUGUCCACACUCGAGCACCUUAUACGCAUCUAUGAGCACGCACGAUGAGCACCUCCGAUAACCACCUCCACACGUCGCAGCACUUCUGUUGAAUAUAUAUCCUGAGAAAAAAAAAAUAACAAAAGUAAAAUAGAUAAAUAAAAGAAAAUUUAAAAAAACCACCACAAAUCUUUUUGUGUUCCUGGCACUCGCGGUUAUAGGAUCCUCGCACGUUAUUCUCUAUUAACGACCUGAUUUCAGGACGGUCGGUACAGGACGUGUGCGCUUUAUCACGAAGGGAAAGCCAAGGUCGCGGCUACUAUCAUGGACUACCGAAAGUGAAGCGUAUCGAUUAGAAGAACGAGCAUAACGCAAUCAAAUGUCAAACGUGAUACACCGUGCGCUCGAGUCGGCGACUUAUUCCCGAUAGAAACAUAGAGAGAGAGAAAGAGAAAGAAAAAGAGAGAGGCCCGUACCUCUCGGGGUCCCCUGCGACAGAAUCCGUGGUCCCACUUGGAGCAUGCUAGGCAGAUUGCAGUCGAUGCAGUUGCACGCGUAGCACCGUUGCGUUUUCUAUGCAAUAAUCGUCGUUGUGUCGUAACAUAUCGUCGCUCGUGAUUUUUUAUCAAGUUUACCCUUCCCUUUCUCGAUAUCAAUCGAACCCGUAUCUCCCGCCCACCCUGUACACGUACACAACACACACAUACAUACAUACACACAUACACAACACAUACAUACGUACACCUACAUCCACCCAUACCCCUAUACAUAUAUAUGCACAUGCUCCAUCCUCAACUUCCUAGUGUACCUACCGUGAGUUCAAAAGAAAAGUCGGCCUAACCCAGAGUUGCUACAGACGUGCCUUUAGACUGGCAGUGAAUAGUAAGCAGCUAAAGAGAACGAACAAGAAAACAAAAGAAAAAGGAGCAUCAUUGCUGUUCAUUUAGGUCAAUUAUAACACCACGCCCAGCCGUAUAAUCGGGUGCGUCAAAAGUGGUGGUAGAGAAGGAAGAAAGAAAAAGAGAUAUAUACGUAGAUACAUAUAGACAGAUAGAAAAAGUUAGAGGAGAUAAAAAGAAGAAGAGACAGAGAGCGAAAAAGAGAGGGAGAGAGAAAGAGAGAGAGAGAGAGAGAGAGAGAGAGAAAGAAAAAAAUAGAGGAGAACGACUUGUAACAUUAAUGAUUUGUAAAAUGGCGGUUUGCAUGUUCUGGCUUCUCACCUACGUGGGACAGGGGCUGGAUCUGGCGGUAGGCAAUCGACCCGUAAUCAUACAAGUACAAGACACACAGGGACUCGACUAUCGUCACGGAAGCGGUAGCAUUAGAAAGAAGAGCGAGCUGAGCUCGGUAGGUGGCAACCUGUUGCAUUUUAGGAUAUAUCCUUCCGAUGGUCCCCACCGGGACGACCUGUCGAACUGGCUGGUCUUCAACGACGAGCCGCGGAUAUCCUCGUGGUCGCCCGCGGGUAUGCUGAUCGACGACAUCGUUAAGGAGCCGCGGGAGCUCCAGAACGUGUUCUUCGCCCUGUCGCCCGCCGUGCUGAACGUCCUCUAUUCCGAGUACGUAACGUCGCAGCCGCACGCCGCGACGCAGCCCCACGUCGCGGAACCCUAUGUCCACGACGACGGGAAUCAUCUGCUCGGCGGCGGCCGGCAGCAAGCCCAUCAGCGUCCGAAGAAACGGCGCAUCGGAUGCCGGCACCCGCUGAGGGGCCCGCUCAGUCUACCGAUAUUAGUGUGCGACGAGGCUGGCAAGAAGGCUACCACCCUUCAGGAAUCUAGACAAUCCAAUCAAGACGAUCUCUACGCGGAGCAGAGAUUUAACACUGCGACGAGUACGAAGACUGAUCUCGCGCGCGCCGAGGGCGGCACCCCGCUUAACUUACCUACGAACGGCGGCUUCAUACCGAGGGCCUUCGCCUACGAGACUAGCGGAAACAAACUACUACCCACUAAGCGGAGUCAGAUAACGAUCGGACGGCGUUCGAUCGACGCGCAAGGGGAAUCCCCGGGACACCAGGCUCAAGCCUCCUCGGCGUCCUCGACGUCGUCCGCCGGCGCGAGUAUCGCCUCGCAGCUCAUGCUGAGAUCAAUCCGGGGAAGCAUACAAUACGAUGUACCGCAGAUUGAAUGUCCAGUCUCCGAAGACGGAAUGGAAAGAUUCGCUUGCCCGACCGCAGAUAGGAUGGGUAGAUAUCAUUGCAUCGACGAUCACGUCCUGUGCGACGGCUUCAUAGAUUGUCCCACAGGCGAGGACGAGGACAGGCAAGCCUGCAUGUUUUACAAAACUACGAAAGCGCAUCUGGACGUAUUAGCGGACGCCAUAUUACGAUGGGCGAGAGGACGCUAAUUUCUUCUUUGUUGACGAUGAAUCUCCAAGCUGUACAUAAAACCACAAGUCUGAUACGUCUCUACUUCUUUAUAUAUUCAUCGAUAUCUUUUUCUCCUACAUUAAUCUAUUUUCCGGAAACUGUUUUCUCUCUAUGUUUGGCGCAUAGAGACGUUCAUAUUGAAAUCAAACUCAGGGGAACGUUAAGAUGAACCGUCUCUCUCUCUCUCUCUUUUAUUCUGUCUCUCGCGCUGUCUUCUCUCUCUCUCUCCUCUUCCCUUUCUCUCUAUCCCUCUCUUUCUUUCUCUUUCCCAGAAGAGAAUACGACCGCUCGACUUAAUCUCCGAGAGGACACGGCAUGGUUCUAACUACACUAAAAAUCGGUUAGCAAGGUCUAUCGUAACCAAGAUAUCCUCACAUAAAGUACAAAUUAAGGUGUCCGAACUUUUAAGAUGUUAUAAAUAAAGUUCGUAAGAGAGUUAUGGCAUUUUAACGCCGCUGUGUAUGGCGCACGAGAGUACCCGACUCGGAUAAUUUCAGUUCUAUAAGCAUCUACCAACUAUAUACCAACACACAGAUGAUGUAUUACGAUUUCAUAUUGAGCGAUUUCCGCGAGAUCGUAACUAACUCUUUAACGACUUUAUUUUGGUACAAUAAAGUAAUUUUGAAGACUGAGAACUAUUUACUUCAUUCCCAGAGUAAACACGCGGCUUUGCCGUCGCGCGCCGAACCGGUAGAAACGAUCAUAUCGUUUGGUAAGGAACGGGCACGUGUACCUAGAGACUUCCUCCUAGAGUACUUCCUAAGAGAUUGUAAAAGAAAAUGUACUCGCGUUUAAUCAAACCGCUCCGUACGACGUUGAUGCGUUAAAGCGAAUCGUAAUAAUAAUAAUAAUGAAAUCAACGUCGAUCCGGUCUUCUGGUAUCGCGUACACCGUCACGAAGAGACGUCUCCUUCUCGCCUUGUGCACGCUCUAUGUUGUCAUAUCGAUAUCUCUAAAUAUUUAUUUCGAAUUUAAUGGAAAAGAAUGUCCGCGAAUAAAAAAAAGCAAAGCGAGUGCUUUCAGCAGAAGGAUUCUUGUGAAGAAUUAAUUGCGCUUCACCAAACCCGCUCCGAACUAACGAGUUAGGAAAUAUUAGGGAUUUAUUAGCAAGCCAUCUUGCUGCCGUAUACACUUUGCGUUCUGCGACAUUUAUUUACAAGCCUUUAUCACACUUAUUCAGAAAUUCACUAAUAUAUGUAUCGAUAUUGCUGUGAGAUUGACGAAAAUGAAUUUCUCCUAUGUUAAACAUUUGAUGUCCAAGAAUUAUGACUUAACGGUAACAUAAUAAUACAUAUAUGUUCCAACUA